GCAUCGCCUUCAACGCGUAUUUCGGUGGUCUCGAACAAAUCUGUUGGUGUCAAGGCUUUAGCGGCUAAACCUGCUAGUCAUACCCCCGGCUACAAGCGACUUGUAGAGUAUGACAGUGGGACGAAGUACCCUGCAUUGUUGCCUGUUCUUAUUGAUUUGUGUUCGUCUGCAUUUAGUACGCGAAAGUUUCCGAGAAACAGUGACAAGUCGAAAGGCUUGCGUCAUUUCAGCACCAAGGUUUGCGAAAAAGUGCGCGAGAAAGUGGUGACGAACUACAAUGAGGUUGCCGAUGAGCUGGUUCAUGAGUACUUUGAGUCGAUGCCAAAUCCCCCGGCUUCACAAGAGAAACAGCUAUAUGAUCAGAAAAAUAUCCGUCGUCGCGUUUACGACGCCCUUAACGUGUUGAUGGCGAUGAACAUCAUAUCCAAAGAAAAGAAAGAGAUACGUUGGAUAGGUCUUCCGACUUCGUCGGUUCAAGAAUGUAAGAAACUCGAAGACGAUAAAGUUAAGCGUCGCCUGCGCCUUCAACAGAAGCGAGAGCAACUCUGUGAGGCAGUCAUGCAACUCAUAACAUUCAAAAGCCUGAUCGAACGGAACAAGGAAGAAGAGAAACUGGAUGGGCGACCCUCAAUACACCGCAUUAUGUUACUUCCAUUUGUCACUUUUCACACAAACAAAGACACUACGAUCGAAUGCGCCAUUUCACGCAACAAAUCCGAGUAUUUGAUGACCUUCAAUCAUCCGUUUAAAGUGCACUACGAUAUAGAGGUGCUGAAGCGAUUGGGCUUCGCAUACGGAUUAGACAAGGGCGACGUGACUGAUGAAAUUGCUUCCAAACUGAAGAGUUAUUUGCCUCCUUCCCUGAGGUUUUAUAUCGAUGGUAUGUGUUUUUUGAUUGUCAUAAUUUUCGGCAUACGAUUGAUAAAACUGAAAACUUGA